GGCAUAGUGUUUUAAUGGAUUCAAAAAAGUCCAACAAGAUCCGAGAGAUCGUUAGGCUUCAACAACUCCUCAAGAAAUGGAAAAAAUUAGCAAAUAACAAUGCCAUCACCACCAACAGUAGUUGCACCACCACUAGUAGCAGCACCGGAAGUGGAAGCCGGAGCAUGAAGUUCCUAAAGAGAACACUAUCAUUCACAGACGUUUCAUCGCUGACGACGUCAUCGCCUCCGAAGGGGUUCUUAGCAGUGAGUGUGGGUGAAGAACGGAAACGGUUCGUGAUCCCGACGGAGUAUUUGGGUCAUCAAGCGUUUAGGGUUUUACUUAGAAAAGCUGAAGAAGAGUUUGGGUUUCAACAAGAAGGUGUGUUAAGGAUCCCUUGUGAAGUGUCAGUGUUUGAGAAGAUACUGGAAAUGGUGGAACUGAAAAAGGAUGCGAUGUUUUUGCAUGAAUUUGGAUUCAAUGUGGAUGCUGAUAUGAUUGCUUCUUGUUGUUCACCAGAUGCUGAGUUAACACCUUCUUCUCAUCAACCUCAGACGUGUAGAUGAACUCCAUGCAAUUACCAAAGAAAUG